AGACUUAUAAUUAAGUGAUUAGAAGGAAAUUAUGAGAAAGAGACACUAUUUAAAUGAUAUAAGAACGCAUUGGAUUUUUAUAUUAUUUGACAGAGAAGUUGAGAAGGGAUACAAUUUAAUGGUGAAUGAAAAUAAGACUGUCUCUAUGGCUAAAAAAACAAUCCAAAAAAUGGAAUAUAUGAAUCAUAAAAAGUGGAUUCUUUUAUGAUAUUUA